AUGCACGACACGAAUCGGGACUCUCGACGGCCGCUUGCUGCGCCCUCGCAGAGCUGGAACUGGCUCGAUCUGUCGCAACAAAGUGGCGAAUGCAGUCGCAACAACUGGACCAGCAGUAGCCGCUCAAAUGCUGUCCAGAACCAAGGCUCUACGCAGCCCCAGUCGAAGCUACUGACCCGAGCCCCGACGACGACGACACAAUCAACGCCCACGCCUAAAACAAUACGUACCGAUCGUGAAAACCCUGUCAAAACGGAUACCGACGCGGUCGAAGCGUUUUCCAAGCUGCGGAUCGCCGACCGCACAAUCACGACCGAGAGUCUACGGCAAGAGAUGGACGGACGCACUUUUAUCAAGCUGCAGCACAUGGACCGUGUCGGGAAAGACACAUUUACGGACGGAGCAGUCGACUGGGUAACCAUAGGAGUGCUGACUCGGAAAACGCUGUCCAAGCCAGCAGCUAAUGGGUCCACGUUUAUGGUGUGGGGCCUAUCGGAUCUGGACGGGACCGAACUGGGGAUCUUUUUGUUUGGAGAUGCCUAUAACAGUCACUGGAAACAGACGACGGGCUCCAUUGUGGCGGUUCUCAAUGCCGUCCUGCUGCCUGCUACAGAGAAGAACAAGUUUGCAUUCAAGGUGACGCAACCGGCAGAGGUGGUGAAGCUCGGCAGGGCAGUAGAUUUUGGCAUUUGCAAAGGAACCACUUCGGGCGAAGCUCGUUGUCGGCUUGCAGUGAACACGGCAAAGGCACAGUACUGCUUGCACCACAUUGCUGCCAAUUUCAUGCAGGCAGGACGAGGACGUCAGCAGUUGAAUAACGCGACGGGAAGUUUACGCAAAACACUCUUUGCUGGUCUUGCCAAGACGAAAAACUUGUCGGCUGGCGUGUACACGUCCGCCUCGUCGAAGUCUGGCAAUUCUGGAUGGAACCCAACAUCUGCGAAGAAACGCAAGCGUAACGAUGCUGCAGACGCAGUUUUGGGCGUGCCUACUGUUUUGGCAGCGUCGGGUGCUGUCGUCCAACGUAUUCGAAAAGAUCCGACACUUUCGACGACAGCUCGUGGCGCUCUUGGCGUCCGUGACAAACGACCAUGUGGCACCGUAAGUCUUAUGGACCAGCUUCGAGAGCCCGGUGCAUCUAUGAACCUUGCGCCGAGGCGAUUUGAUGCCGGAUCAGCAGAUGCAACGCAACCUUCCAGUCGAGCACAGAAGAUUUUAUCGGCAGUCAUUGCGAAGAAUGGGAAACAGCUCCGACAACCAAAGGCGAAGAAGGUGGACAUGAUCCACUUCAUGAGAACGGGAUCUCACGUCAGGAAAUAG